AUGGCUGACAGGUUUGUGGCGUCCUCUAUUCUGCAACCCGCGGCCCCGCCUAUCGCUGCCGCUUCUGGCAGCAGCAGCAGCGGCGGUGCCACAGUGGCAGGCUGCCAGAAGCGGCAGCGGGCGGCGUGCCUGUACGACCGCGAUGGGAGGCGGUUGAAGGGCCUGAAGGGUGAGGCGGCGAAGCUCAUGCUCAAUCACCGCUUUUUCAGCAGCGAGGAGGAACUCCACCGCCUUGAGCAGACAUUGGCGGCGGGGCAGCGGGGUGCAGCACCGGUGGUGACGGAUGGCGGUCGCAGUGGUGAUGCGUACAAAAUGCCUGCGCUGCCGGACAUGUUUGGUGUCGUGGCGCCCAUCACGACAGGUGGAGGUGCGGUUGAGACAGCAGCGGGUGAGAGCCAGAACAACAGGAGAGCUGUGCCUCCGCUACAUCGCUGGUCGCAUGUGCAGCGGCGUCACAUCACAGUGAGGUCGGCACCUGCGGACGUCAAUGCUGGUAGUGGUGCCAACGCGCUGUCGAGACAGUUGCGUAUCACUCUGGCAGGUUAUCGUUGGGUGCGCGCCGAUGCAGUACUUGUGGAGGAUGUCCUCGCCUCCUCGCUAUCAGCAGCAGCAGCAGCAGGAGAGGGAGGGGUCAGUGAGGGCGAGCAGAAUGGCGAGGUCACUGGGGUAGGCAAUCCUCCUCCUGUGUGGUGGGCGCAACUCCUGUCGGUGCCACCAGAUGCGGAACUGUCUGUGUUGCACGCACCCCUUGCCGACUCUCCCAUCGCAUUCCUCACGGUGUCCGCCGACGAGUACGCGAUGUUGGACUUAGACAAUGACUUAUAUCAGCCCGCUGUUUUGUCACGCUCGAGCAAUGAUUCAGGCACCGUGCGGUGGCGUUUUGAUUAUACCUCCACCUGCAAGCUCUUGAUGCUGUAUGAGCGUUUCGGUAAUUUUGUGGUGGUCGCUGAUCGUUGGCGGUACGCCGACGCUUAUGGCGUGAGUGGCAGGAAGGCUACUGACAACAACAACAGCAGUGACGAUUGCGUCACGCCGCCUGUAGAAGUGUUGAUGGAGCGGUACAGAAUUGUCUCGGAGGUCGUUCUCCGCCACCGUCACCGCCUCCUGCAGGAGGUGCUGAAGGACGAAGGUGCGACGGGGUGUGUGGAGGCACCUGCACCAACAACUAAUGCGAAACCCAAGGUGACAGGCGACGCGGGCGCCGUAAAGACGAGGCUAGCAGACGAGCGUGUUAUUGCAUCGGCACACCCACUGACCUCACUACUGGAGAAGCAUCCCAUUCUGGAGGCGCAGCGACAGCGGAGGGAGUGGCUAACGCAGUGGUUAAAACAGAACCAGCAACAACAGCAUGGUGAAGACAACGCAGCAGAGCCUGUCGAAGGGGGGGAGGAAGAAGAGGCACGCGAAGCAGACAUGCUGGCCCGAUAUCGCGCAGAUGUCCUGCAGCGUUGUGUGGAGACGGGAGUGCCUUUGUCAGGCCCGCACGGCAACCUGGUGGAGCGAAAAGUAGGUGCGAAAGAUUUCGCGUCGCUAGCAUCGUGUUCCCCACCGCCCGCGGCGUCCCCUUUCUGGUAUGACGGGCUGCUCGAACAAGCGCGGCGAAAGCAGCUGCAUGAGGGGCUCGCGCACGAGUCGAAGGUGAAUGUUCCAUAUUUUAAGGCCCUCAUGGCCCUUCAGCGUGUUGACAGCCAAGCAACAGUGUUGUUUAGCAAGUUAAGGGCAUUGACACACGGCCCCAUGGCAUCUGGGCAGCACAACGAAGAGGACGUUGGUGUGGGAAAUGGAAAGGUAAGAGAAGGAACAACGGUGGAAGCAGCAGCGGGGAGCACGAAUGAUGCAAUCGCCAGGAAAGCAACGGGGGGCAGGAAACGCAAGCAGCAGCAACAACAACAACAGUCAGCAGACCCCACAGGAGAAGAUAGUUAUCAGGCCGUGCAGGAGGAAGUCGCGUACAUCCCUCUGCAAUGUGAAAGGCUCAAGUUGUGUGUGCAGGCAGGUUUGUUUCUGCCACCCCCUGUCGCCGGGGUUAACAGUAAACCCAAUGGUAAUGGUACGUUUGCAAAUCGUGCCUUGGGUAACACGGCGGAGGCCCUUCUUCUGACGUUGCCCUCCUCUGUACCGCGACUUCACCUCGGGGUUGAGCACGAGCUGGAAAAGCACCUGUGGGAGGAUCAUCGGGCCCUGUGUGAUGACAGUGCGGAGGUGCAGCAGCUUCUCGGCGAGGCGCGUGCGCUGUACACACAAAAUGUCAUUCUGCGUCGCUUUGCAGGGAGGUGUGGGGCGUUGGAAGGGGCGCUGAAGAAACUGGCGAGUGAUGCCGCUGCGAUGGAGGUGUGA